CGAGUGACCAAUGGUAGAACGGCUUCUCGCUGUACACGGAACUGAUUGCGGAUUUCUUUGGCAGCCCAUGGCAGACCAAAAUGGCCACAUUGAUCUUGGCCCUCCAAGAGAAGUGGUGGCAGGUGUAGGCUUCCCUGCUCCACCCCCACCCAUCUACGCCUGCACCCUGACUCCUGAACUAGUGGCCAAGGCACGGGAAGAGCUCCAGGAGAAGCCCGAAUGGAGGCUCCGGGAUGUCCAGGCAUUACGAGAUAUGAUACUAAAAGACCACCCUAAUCUCAGGACACGGUUAGACGAUGCAUUUCUGCUGCGCUUCCUCAGGGCCAGAAAGUUUGAUUAUGACCGGGCACUUCAGCUACUCUUGAAUUAUCAUGCCAGCCGGAAAGCCUGGGCUGAGGUGUUUCAGGACCUGAAGCCCUCCACAGUGAAGCACGUCCUAGAUCUGGGUUUUCUCACUAUCCUGCCCAGACCAGACCCUCAUGGACGCUACAUACUGUGUUUACGACCAGGUAAAUGGAAGCCUAAUGAUUACCCAUUUGUGGACAACAUUCGGGCUAUUUAUUUGACAUUAGAGAAGCUGAUUCAGCCUGAGGAAACCCAAGUGAAUGGAAUUGUUAUCCUGGUGGAUUAUACAGGAGUUGGCCUCUCUCAAGCCUCUAAUCCAGGACCGCUUUUGGCAAAGAAAGUUGUCGGCAUCCUUCAGGAUGGCUUCCCAAUCAGAAUAAAGGCUGUAAACAUUAUAAAUGAGCCUCGUAUCUUCAAGGGUAUUUUUGCAAUAAUUAAGCCAUUUCUGAAAGAGAAAAUGGCAGAGAGGUAUGUCCUGCACGGCUCAGACUUGGCCUCUCUCCAUCGAGUCAUUCCUCAAUCUGUACUGCCUCAAGAGUAUGGAGGAGUGGCUGGAAGACUUGACAUGUCUGCCUGGUCCAGAACGCUGCUGGAGGCUGAGGAAGAGUUUGUGGUGGAGUUCUGCCAGCCUGAUCCUCUGGAGGGCGUCAUUCUGCCAGAUUCCAUGGUGUUUGAGGGAGAGCAAGCUGGCGCACGUGGAGAGGACUCCUUCAGACAUCUACGUUCCCAGCUUUAUUAUUGUUACUGACCUCUUGGCAACGUGCAACUGCUUCAUUUGAAACAUUUGUUUAGCUAUGACUAACUAUGUAUUCACAGGUCACCGGAUGAGUCUGACUGUUUAAAAUAUCUAGUACAGACAGCCAUUUAGAUGCUGGAUAUUUACUUAUUGCUUUGGCUUAAUCUGGUCACUAUGUGUUAUAAAAACUUGAUUCAAAAUCAUUUUCAGAAUACUCAUAGCCAUCCAAAAAACAUCCUUUUAAGAAGGAGCCUAGGGUUUUAAUCAGUGUCUGUAUUUGUUACAAUGAGUUUUUAAAUGUCUAAAAUAGAUUUUAGCACUACAUCAUUCUUAUUUUAUGUAACAUCUCAAAUAAUGCUUGCCUUAAUUUACAGUGAAGGGAAAAUGAGAUAUUUAGAAAGAUUAAUUAAAUAGAAGAUUUAUAUAGCACAUUGGAGAUAGUGGCCCAUGUCAGUUAUAUCCAAAGCAAUAACAAUGUGCAUUUUUAAAUUUAAAAGCCUCGGUACAGCGGGUUAUUUUAUCCUACAGAGAACAAAAUAAUGACCAUGUUACUUUCUGAUUUGUGGACAGAACAUCUCUAAAAUAGUUUGUUUUCCUUAUUUAUGUCUUUGACUGUUCGCAAGUGUGUUACAUUUUUUGUACACACAAUACCUUUGUCACUGUAAGUUACAUGAUAAGCUUUAGAAAUUGUUUAACAUCAAGUAGUGUUACAUUUAUAGCAUAUUAAGCUGAGGUGAGUUAGCUCAGUAUACUUUACCUCUGGAAUACAUAAUAUUUUUUAAAGUUAAGUGGCCAAUAUAAAGUUCAAAUGUAUACAUCUUGUAUAGAUAACUGGUUUGUUUUAUUUUAA